AUGUUCCUCCAAGCUCAGAGCAAGAACAAGAUCAUUACCUACGUGGCUGCUGUCUCUUUAGGGGUCCACUUCUUCUUGUCGUGGCUUCUCAUGGUUUAUUUUGACUUGGGGAUCACUGGUGCUAUGACCUCGAUGCUCGUGGCGUCUUGGUUGCCUAACAUUGCGCAGCUCUUGUUCGUCACGUGCGGUGGGUGUAAGGACACGUGGAAGGGGUUCUCUUGGUUGGCUUUCAAGGAUCUUUGGCCUGUCUUGAAACUGUCCGUGUCUUCUGGUGGUAUGAUAUGCUUGGAGCUAUGGUACAACACGAUCUUGGUUCUGCUCACUGGAGGCUUAAAAGACGCAGAGGUUGCUCUUGAUGCGCUUUCAAUCUGUGUCAACAUAAAUGGACUCGAGAUGAUGGUAGCAUUCGGUUUCAUGGCAGCGGCAAGUGUAAGAGUGUCAAACGAGAUUGGACGUGGAAAUGCGAAGGAAGCCAAGUUUGCAACACUCACAGCAGUUUUGACGUCACUUUCCAUAGGGUUUAUAUUCUUCUUCGUCUUUUUGUUUUUAAGAGGAAAGAUUUCAUUCAUUUUCACAACAAGUGAAGCCGUUGCUGCACAAGUAGCUGAUCUCUCUCCAAUCUUGGCCUUCUCCAUCCUCUUGAACAGUGUUCAACCUGUUCUCUCUGGUAUCUUCACUCUUCACUUUAAUAUGUUUUACAUUAAGAAUGUUUGA